AUGAUUCCUGUGCUGAUCUGUGUUUUGAUUUCUCUGAGUGCAGCAGCCAACGACUUAGACACUCUGUACCCUGAACUGGAGCACUCCAGAACCAUCUAUGUCACAGAAAAUGGCCCUCAACUUUCGGUGAUGGCAGAGCAGUUAAAGGUGGUGUCAAGGCGAGGAGGGAACGCUACCUUACCUUGCAAGAUCCAAAGAGACCAAUCACUGGCACCCAAUCGCAAGAUGAGGAUCAAAUGGACCAAGCUGACCUCAGACUACCUGAAAGAGGAGGAUGUUUUUGUUGUCAUGGAUUAUCACAAGAGAAGUUAUGGCAGUUUCCAUGGACGGGUCCACCUACAAGGCUCUUCUCCCAUGGAUGCCUCUCUGGUCAUCACAGAAAUCACCCUGGAGGAUUAUGGGAGAUAUAAAUGUGAAGUAAUUGAUGGGCUGGAAGAUGGAACAGUGGUGGUGUCUCUUGACCUUGAAGGGGUUCUCUUCCCAUAUUAUCCCCGCCUGGGUCGCUACAACCUCAAUUUCUACGAUGCUGUGCGGGCAUGUCAUGACCAGGAUGCCAUCGUGGCAUCCUUCGAUCAGCUGUAUGAUGCAUGGAGAGGAGGGCUGGACUGGUGCAAUGCUGGUUGGCUGAAUGAUGGCACGGUCCAAUAUCCAGUCACCAACCCCAGAGAACCAUGCGGCGGCAAGAACACAGUACCAGGCAUUCGCAACUAUGGCCUGAGAGACAAGGACAAGAACCAAUACGACGUCUUCUGCUUCACAUCCCAUUACAAAGGCCGGUUCUACUACCUGAUCCAUCCCUCUAAACUGACCUAUGACGAGGCAGUCAGAGCUUGUCAAAAAGAUGGUGCUGAGAUUGCCAAAGUCGGCCAGAUGUACGCCGCCUGGAAGCUGCUGGGUUAUGACCGCUGUGAUGCUGGCUGGCUGGCCGAUGGCAGUGUCCGUUAUCCCAUCUCCAGCCCCCGCCGGCGCUGCAGUCCCACAGAAGCUGCCGUCAGGUUCAGCGGCUUCCCUGACAAAAAGCACAAGCUGUACGGAGUGUACUGCUUCAAGGGCCACAACUAAAACACAAAACAGACAUACAAACAACCUGCGCACACGGACAGCACACAUUAGCAUGUACACACAAACACACACACACACACACUGGUGAGAGAAAAAGAGACAACAAACGCAUCCAAACUGUGAUAAUUUUUUCAUGGAAACCUUAUGACAUUACUGUCAUGUCAUGUUUCUUUGUAAUCUUGGACCCGAUACUCUAUGAGGGUUGGAUUACACAUAUUAUUUAAUCAAUAGAGUGCUUCAGGGAUGAUGUGUUUUUAUAAGCCA